UUGUUUUUUUUUUUUGCUAGCGUCCCCGCCCGGAGGCGAGACAGGAGGCGCCGGUCCUCGGAGACUCUCCGCGGCUUUGGGAUGCGCAGAGAUGUGAGAGUAAAAAAGAGCGAGCGGGGGAUUGUGAUUGGCCGCGCUCAUCCUGAAAGCCACCGAGGAGCAUCGGGCGAGGCAUGUUGGCUCCCGUUGGAAAAUUCACGGGGAGGCAUCAAACUUGGAGACGACGUGUGUCGACGCGUUCGCGGCAGCAUCAGGCUGUGUAGGUAAACUUGCGCCAUCUCCCAGCCCACAAAGACCCAAAGGGGAGGACGCGCUUUCCGUGGUGCUGAAACGGGUGGGCUUGGCUGAUCAACUAGUGAAGAAGAGGACAGAACUGUGUCACUUUGUUUCCCAGCGUCAUGGUAGAUGUUGGAGCUCUGAUUAGAACCUAUUAUAUACGCACCUUACUGUGCCGCAUCAUGGUGUGGAUGAAGUUAAGGAUGGAGAUGGAUUCCCUGUGGAUACGGGUACGAAGAAUGCCUCGUAGCAUUUGGUUCAUCCUGCUGUUUGGUGUUGGAGGUGCACUUCUCUUCCUUCAUCUAGAGGACCUGUCAAAGAUGCUCCAGCAGCAAGGCCCUGGAGCGGAGUACGGAAGCUCUCUGCGGCAGUCCAAAGAGGGCCUCCAAGCUGCAGAAGCCAACCCCGUCUCCCCGAUGCAGCACCCGAACGUUGAGGAGAGCAAACAGAGAGCCGCCACUGUCUCUCAGGAGCAAGACAUAGGCUCCCCUCAAAUCACCAAGAGACAACGCAAACUGCUGAAAACGAGUCCUCAGAUCACUCACAGCAAAAACGUCUCCUCGACGUCUCCUCCGGUAUCUGCUCGAGAAGAGAGCCUGGGUAACCUCUCGAGCGUCUUAGAAACACGGAAGCAAGUAAUGAAGAAUAUGUGUGGCAAGUAUAAAAGUGGUAUCUCGAGGACCAUCACCCCUGAUCAUGUGAAAUACAUAUACGUGGAGGACAAAUACAAAGUGUUGUACUGCGAGGUGCCCAAAUCAGGUUGCUCCAACUGGAAGAGGACCCUCAUAGUGCUGUCGGGAAAGGCGUCCAAUCCGGACAAACUUAAACAUGAACAGGUGCACUACGGUGGGUACCUCAAGACACUCAAUAGGUACAACCAAAAAGAAAUAAUGCACCGUCUCCAGACCUAUAAGAAAUUCAUGUUUGUGCGCGAGCCCCUCGACAGAGUCGUCUCAGCAUACAGGGACAAGUUUGAGAAUCCCAACGACUACUACCACAAUCUGUUUGGAAAACCCAUCAUAAAAAAAUACAGGGUGACCCCAUCUGCUGAGGCCCUUAAAACUGGCAACGGGGUCACAUUCAAGGAGUUUGUCCAGUACUUGCUGGACGGCCACCGGCCCGUGGGAAUGGACAUCCACUGGGAGCAGAUGAACAAGCUCUGCCACCCUUGUCUCAUAGACUAUGACCUGAUCGGCAAGUUUGAGAACAUGGAGGAGGAGUCCAACUUUCUCCUGCGAAUGAUCGGAGCACCGGACAGCCUCAAGCUACCUAGUUUUAAAGACAGGAAUCCAAAAGACGUGCGGACCUCUAAAGAGAUCACAGAAAGAUACUUUUCCCAGGUCAGCUUCAUGGAGAGACAGAGAGUAUACGACUUCUACUACAUGGACUAUUUGAUGUUCAACUACUCCAAGCCUUUUAAUGAUCUUUACUAAUCUGUCAUGUGCCAUGGUUCUUUAAUCAGUAACAUUCCACAUCUACAUCUCUACCAUGAUAUUGAUCUUAACACAAAAAGAGCAACAAAUCGUUUUGGUUCUUUGGCUCCAAGCAUAGGCCAAACUUUUGGAUUUAACAAAAUCUGAUUUUUAUUGUAUUUUUUCCCUACAAUUACAUUUACUUUUAAUUGUAUUGAAAUGUUCCACAAAUUGAUGAUUUUUAACAAAAAAUGUAAAAACAAAGUGGUAGACAUGAUAGAGCUUAGUGUGAGUCGAGUAGAAGUUGUGUAGACGAAAGGGAGGGACGGCAACAACAUUUCCAGUGCUUUUAAAAAGUGUUAAAUAAUAUCUAUCAUAAUAAUAUGAUAUCAAACAAAUAUAACCUGAGUAAAAACAAAGUGCAGUUUUUAAAUGAGGAUUUCAUUUAUCAUGGGAAAAAAAGCUAUCCAAACCAACUUAGA